UAUCAUGACACACAGGAAGUGACCAGUAACUUCCUGGGAGCCAUGUGGCUCAUCUCUAUUACCUUCCUUUCGAUUGGCUACGGAGACAUGGUACCGAACACGUACUGUGGGAAAGGUGUAUGUCUGCUUACAGGGAUCAUGGUACGUUACUUGUCAUUGGAAAUGAGUUUUUUUCUGUGUUUUUCAUGCAAUAUUGCAUGACUAAUAGACAUAUUAUUCCCACGGAACAGCCAUGUUUUAAAUUUCUGCAACUUGUUGCUUUAUUCUAGAGCAGCUCAACGUCUUUACAUGUUUCCCUCCAAGCAGUCACCUCACAUACACUAUUAAUACAAUAACCCAACUCAGCAGUCACCCUUCACAUUAUUUGAUUUCUGGGCCUCACUAUGUUUCUGACCAAUAGGGAGCUGGCUGCACUGCGCUGGUGGUCGCCGUGGUAGCCAGGAAGUUGGAGUUGACCAAGGCUGAGAAGCAUGUCCACAACUUCAUGAUGGACACACAACUCUGCAAACGAGUGAGUCACUCACGCUCUCGUUUUAGUGGCAUCUUUGAUCUUCCACCACUGAGCAUUACUGUAAAUGUCACAUCACUUACUGUAUGGGAGGUUAUAUUAAAAUAAUACAAUAACUGUCGUUUAUGGUUCCUGAUGGAACAGGGUAAAACAAAUUAAUGUCCCUGGUAAGAAGUUUUUUCAUCGGUUUACCAUUCUCAAUUCCCUACAAGUUUACCUUUCUCAAUUCAGUUUACCUUUCUCAAUUCCCUAAAAGUAAAUCCACAUAGAGUAUUAUGUUAUGAAAAGGCAGUUGUUCGGGACACCCUGCCUUUGCUUGAGGGGUUCACAUGUGUUUCCUCAUUGGUCGGCAGGUAAAGAACACAGCUGCCAAUGUACUCAGGGAAACAUGGCUCAUCUACAAACACACUAAGUUGGUCAAGAAGAUCGAUCACGCCAAGGUGCGGAAACACCAGCGCAAGUUUCUACAGGCCAUCCAUCAGUAA